AUGGGUCCGGAGUUUUUUUUGGUCGGAAAAUUAUUUAUUUUAAUAACUGGCGCGAGUAAGGGAAUUGGCCGUCAAUUCGCUAUUACAUUUUCUCAAAUAGCAGAAUGCGAUUCACACUUUUUAUUGAUAGCGCGUAAUGAAACUGGAUUGCAAGAAACAGUUAGUAAAAUGAGCCAUCGUGUCAAUGUUGAUUACGUUAGUUUGGAUUUAUCUAUAGCACAAGCUGAUCAUGCUAUUAUUAUCCAUAAUGUUGGAACAACUGGUGAUUUAAGUCAGUUGACCAAUGAAAUGAAUGAUUUUCGUGUUUGGGAAAAAAUGUUUGAUUUGAAUGUAUUUUCAUCAGCUGUUUUAAACUCAGUAUUCAUGGAAAUAUUCAAUGACAAAGUUAAAGCUAAAAAGUUAGUUAUUAAUAUGACUUCUCUUGCCAGUAGAUAUCCUGCAAAAUCAGGUGCAUAUUAUUGUUCUGCAAAAGCUGCACGUGAAAUGUAUUUUAAGGUUUUUGCUAAAGAGUUUCCACAAGUCAACGUUUUGAAUUAUUCUCCGUUUUUCACUCAAACUGAUUUGUUGAAAGAGCUAGAAGGAAUAAAAAGAACUGCAGAACUGCCUAUUCUUUCACUGAUGUUUCGAUUCGCAGGGUUAAUAUUAACGCCUAAUCAAGUAGCUGAUCGUCUUGUUGAAAUUAUACGGGGUCAAAAGUAUAAGUCAGGCGAUUUCGUCGAUUACUAUGACCCAAUAACUUCUGCACUACUUUUGACAGAGUUUUUCUUGAUUGGUAAAUUAUUUGUAUUGAUAACUGGCUCAAGUAAAGGAAUUGGCCGUGAAUUUGCUAUUACAUUUUCUCAAAUAGCAGAACGUGAUUCACACUUUUUAUUGAUAGCGCGUAAUGAAACUGGAUUGCAAGAAACAGUUAGUAAAAUGAGCAACAAUGUCAGUGUUGAUUACGUCAGUAUGGAUUUAUCUUUAGCGCAAGCUGAUCACUUGGAAGAUAUAAUUAGAAAACGUAUUAAUCCGGAUGAAUAUGAUCAUGCAAUUAUUAUUCAUAACGUUGGAACAUCUGGUGAUUUAAGUCAGUUGACCAAUGAAAUGAAUAAUUUCCGUGUUUGGGAAAAAAUGUAUGAUUUGAAUGUAUUUUUGCCAGCUGUUUUAAACUCAGUAUUCAUGAAAAUAUUCAAUGACAAUGUCAAAGCUAAGAAGUUGGUUAUUAACAUGAGUUCUCUUGCUGCUAAAAUACCUUUAUCAUCGAUGGGAUAUUAUUGCUCUGCAAAAGCUGCACGUGAAAUGUAUUUUAAGAUCUUUGCUAAAGAGUUUCCGCAAGUCAACGUUUUGAAUUAUUCACCGUUUCUCACCGAGACUGAUCUCUUAAAAGCGCAAGGGAGCAUUAAUAGAACUACAGAACUUCCUGAAAUAAUAAAAUUAGCGCGACUAGUAGGAUUAACAUUAACGCCAAGUCAAGCAGCUCAUCGUCUUGUUGAAAUUGUACGAGGUCAAAUGUACAAAUCAGGCGACUUUGUCGAUUACUAUGAUCCAUUAACAAUGAUACUACUUUUGGCAAAUGAACAAUUGAAUAUUUUAGAAAUAUUGAGAUUUUUAAACGCUGAGGAUAAAAUUUCCCUUGCUCAAUCAAUUAUUGGAGAAACAUCGAAGUUUCUUCCUGAUAAACUAAAACCAAUUCCAAAAGUGAAUUUUGGGAUAUUAAAAUAA